GGAAAAUGAGACAUUUGUGCAGUCGCGCUGUAAAUGUGAAAGUGUUCGGUUGCGUGAGUCCUGUGUCGUCGCGUUGAGUUGAGUCCUUCGGAGGAUUCCUCGCUUGCCCCAAAAUUCAUUUUCUUUUCGGCCCUAUCUCAUGAUCCGUGCAUAAUUGAGUAGACGAACGUUCGCGUAGAAUGGCUUCUCUGACGGGCCUCCGCCGCCUCUUCCACUGGGGACCAAUCAUCGCCCUAAGCAUAAUCAAGUGUGUCACGUUAAUGACCUUGUACAUGAGUAACAUGUGGUGGCCGCCGAACACGGUUGGCGGGCUCCUGAAUAAGUUCCUUUUCCUGCUGCUGUCUUCGCUGACUGUUUUCAAUUUCUUGAUGGCCACGUUCACAGGAGCCGGCUACUUGGAACUCGGAUGGAAACCGAAGGAUGAAAACGAUACGAAGUUCUUACAAUAUUGUAGCGUAUGUGAGGGUUACAAAGCGCCACGUUCUCACCAUUGUCGGAAAUGUAAUCGUUGUGUUAAGAAAAUGGAUCAUCAUUGUCCGUGGAUAAACAACUGUGUUGGCUGGGCGAAUCAUGCAUAUUUCACCAGUUUUCUUGCAUUCGCUGUUAUCGGAUCGAUUCAGGCGUCUAUCAUAUUAGUAGGAUCAUUUUAUCGAGGAAUUCAUCGCCAGUGGUAUUUGUAUCAUGGACAAUUUCAGCUUGCUACAGUACAUUUCGGACUUUGGAGCUUGAUAUUAUGCAUAUUUAGCUUGGGGUUAGCGAUAGGAGUUGUAAUCGCAGUGGGAAUGUUGCUUUAUUUUCAAAUACGCGCUAUCAUGAGAAAUCGGACGGGAAUUGAAGACUGGAUUCUGGAAAAAGCCAACUACAGACGCGAAGGCACUUCCGAAAAAUUUGUGUACCCCUACGAUUUGGGGGUCAAAGAAAACAUUUUCCAAGUAUUAAGCUUAACUUGCACGCCGAUUGGCGACGGUAUAACUUGGAAAGUGAGAGACGAUUGUGAUCAAUACACGCUCACAUGUGAACAAAUUGCCCAGAAAGCGGAAAAACGAGCCCGCACCCGCGUGUACAAAAUCAUACGACCCGCCACCGGAAGCUACAUCCCUUUAUUUUCUCAAGGCUUUAAGGUUUGCUUGUCCCCGCCUUGCACCGACGAGCCCCGUAUAAAGCUAGAAGUCGGUGAUACUGUCCGUGUGACACGAUGGCGAAAGCACUGGCUCUUCGGUGAACGAGAAAGCCCAUCUUCUGUCGCCAUCAACAACGAAAAUACAACAUCGAAAUCCAAAUCGAAUUCGAUAUCGCCAAAAAGAUUGCCACGUGGAUGGUUCCCGCGUCGUUGCGCUGUGGAGCUUGUACAGCCUGAUGACGAUCGAGGUACCAUUCAAUAUAACGAAGAUGAAGAGAUCAGUGGUAGUUACGAUCAACACCAAGAAAGCGACGAACAUAAUCAUGUAGACUGUCAAGAGGAGAAAAAAACUAAAUAGAGCGAAUUUUAGAUACUUGUAAGUAUACUGCUAUGCUUGGAAGACCGUUAAAGACGACUACCUCAACUCAUUCUCUAAACUAAUAUCACAGUCCUCGCAGAUUCUUAUACUAUACUAAACUAUUUUAAUUCAACAUAUCUCUUCCUCUCCCGCAUUGAAGACUCCUCCUCUUCCUAUUGUAAUCCCAGUCGUCCAAUGUUAGCACUUCCGACAUUUCUAGUAUGCCUUAGUUUCUGCCCGCAUCAUCUUGAAGAAUAUCUUUGCCUGUCUGAUAAAUAUCCAGCAACAUUUUGUGAAUAUCGCAGUCAUAGGUCGACAUCAAUUAAUUGUAAUGACAAAAUUAUGGUUAAGCUUAGGAACAUGUUCUCUUCUAUCUACUUAAUUAUUGUAUUUUUAAUUUAGUAUACGGUGAUAUUUUUUGUAAUUUUAUUAACGAAAAGAGAAAAUAUAUCAGAGAAAUAUUUUAUAACAUUGAAAAAA